CUCUGGUCUCAGUAAACAAGAUUUGUGUUUUGUUGGUAUUCGGAACCACAGCAGAGACAAUUAAUUACUAUCGAGUCCGCAGAAGUCUGAAUUCUGACCAGCUGUAGGUGAGCCAGGAUGGCGGUGAAUGUUUACGCAACGUCGGUGACCAGCGACAACCUGAGUCGGCAUGACAUGCUGGUGUGGAUCAAUGAGUCUCUCCAGAUGAACCUCACCAAGAUAGAAAUGUUGUGCACAGGCGCCGUCUACUGCCAGUUUAUAGACAUGCUGUUUCCCGGAUCCGUGCCUCUGAAGAAAGUCAAAUUCGGCGCCAAGUUGGAGCACGAAUACAUCCACAACUUCAAGCUUCUGCAAGUUGGUUUCAAGAAGAUGGGCGUGGAUAAAAUAAUCCCAGUUGACAAACUGGUGAAGGGGAAGUUCCAGGACAACUUUGAGUUCGUCCAGUGGUUUAAGAAAUUCUUCGACGCCAACUACGACGGGAAGGAGUACGACCCGGUGGCGAUGAGGCAGGGCCAGGAGACCCUGUCCAUGAACAGUCCCACCACGUCCGCACUCAACAAGCUCCCCAAGAAGACCCUCAACCAAGCAGCUACCCAAAAGCCUCCAGUUGCAAAAGUUGCUCCCAAGUUGGCUCCUGCUGGGACCCGAAAACCGGGGAUGGGAGGCGGCGAUGAAGAGAGGGCGGAGCUUAUUAAUGAGAUAGAGAUUCUGAAAUCUACCAUUCAGGACAUGGAGAAGGAAAGAGACUUUUAUUUUGGUAAGUUGAGGAAUAUUGAGCUGAUUUGCCAGGAGAAAGAAGGCGAAGGCGACCCGACGCUGCAGCGGAUCGUCGACAUCCUCUACGCCACAGACGAGGGUUUCGUAAUACCGGAUGCCGAAGAGCAGGAGGAGUUUUAGACCGAGCGUCUCCUCCACCUUAUCAAGCCACGGCGGUUUGGUUUCGCCAAGCCCUCUCUAUAAUCAAUGAAGCCUCUGUCUCCAGAACCAGAACCCGACCCCCAGCGCUGCCCUGUAAUCCAGUCCUUCCCAGAACCAGACCCCCGUCGGGAAACACCUGGUUUUCGCUCCGGACUCGAGUGUAAAAAGCAUAAGCGAUGUUGUGUGUGUGUGUGUAUGUGUGUGUGUGUUUAAAAGCCUGUUGGAUGCAAAUGAAGAAUCUCGUCCUGACCCGGUCGACCCGCCGGCGCUUUUCUCCAAACUAACCCUGAAUGUUUCGUUUCUGACCAUAAAACUCUGAGUUUCAUGUUGUAUUUUAUUUCCUAAGUGGUUUUUAUUUUUCAUUGUUUUAUGUUAGUUUCAAACCAAAACAAACGGUCGACACGUUUGGACGGCUGUAAAUUAAAAGAAAAAGGAACAGAAAAUUUCCACCCAUCUGGAAAUUUUGAGAUUAAUCUUAGUUUAAAAAAUUUAGCAUUUGCUAGAAAAAAAAAUGAAAUUUUGUCAAAAAAAAAAAAAGAGAAAAGGAAAAUAAUACAUGGAAACGUCUGAGUUUCAACAUUUUCAGCUAUUGAAACUCAGAAUUGGUUGUUUUUUAGGAGAUUUAUGACAUUAGUCUGAAAUUAGUUUUUUUUUUUCUAGAAUAUUUUGGAUACUUUUGGAACUAUAAAAUUGCUCACAAAAAAUGUCAGUUUUUUGUCGUGAAUGUACUUUUUUACCUGUAAACUCCUUUUGCUUGCCAUCAUAGAUUUGGAAGCUUUGAUGGUUUUGGUUUCCCUGAACCUGCAGUACUAAAGCGGCCACCAGGGGGCAGCGGUGGUGGCGCCAUCUGGCUGCUUUACUGCCAUUCCUCCAUGGUUUUGACCAAAGCGCCCUCUGGUGUCCUUUCCAGGCAUUGCAGCUUCUUGUAACCCGAAUCAAACCUGAAUUUGCCGGUCCAGGAGGAAUCAAAUCGGUCCAGGAGGCUCUCUCCUCCCUGACCGAUUUGAUUCCAUGAAGUAAAGAUAAAAGAAGACGCUCUGCGUACAUUCAGAUUGAAAAUCUUCACGUUUAGUUUGGCACAAAGCAACAGGCUUGUCUUCAUUUGGUGCAAAAAUCCAGUUGUCCCUUUUUUCUUCAUUUCAUCCCUUUAUGUGUUACUGCGUGUUUGUUUUUACAACCCACCAGUUCUCUCAAAACGCUCAGAAUUUCAGUUUUAAAAAUGUGCACUUCCUAAAUCCAGAAAAAAAGUGGCUUCAUCUUUUGUUUGAAGUUGAAGGAGUCGGUGGAGCUGAACUUGGUAGAAAGUGCUGACCGCUCCUAUUCACCUGUAGCCUUUAAGAUGGCUUCCUCCAUAAAAUCUGGGAAUCUAAUCUACAAAACAACCAGUUCUAAUCAGAUUUAAUCUGCAUUCUGGGUUCAGUUGGAGACUUCAGACUAAUGUAACUUUGUCACAUUUCUUUCUAAUUUAACCAAAACACUGGUGUUUAGUCCUGUUAGUGGAACGUUUUUCUUUUCAACGGCCUUAUUCAUAAAAAUAUGUUUGUCAAAAAAAGUUUUUUAGAGUUUUUUUUCUGAAUAAAUGUGUGGUGUUGAAGCUCCAAAAACUGCCAGAGGAGUGGAUGCAGCCCAGAGGCCUUGA